GUCAGAAAGCAGGAAGUCUGGCUAGAGCACUCUGCAUGAUUUGAUAAGAUGGAGCCUCCUGUACUGGCUUUCACUCUUUGGAUAUUUGCCUUUCUUUCUGUUCCUGCGGCUGGUUAUCCAAAUGGAAAAGUAAGAGAGGCCUGCAGUAGUAUGAUGCCUCGCCAUGAACAUUCUCCACAGCCAUCACCUGAGCACACUAUAUCAGUGAAUGAGACCAAAUUUAGACCAGGGGACCAUAUAAAAGUUAAUUUAUCUGGUCCAGUUUUUGAAGGAUUUUUCAUACAAGCCCGGAAUGCAGAGAACUUGGCAGGCCCUGCAGUUGGCUCUUUUAUGCUAGCUGAAGAAAGGAUUUCUCAGCUCCUGACAUGUGGACUUGUAAAGAAUUCUGCUGUCAGUCACACAAGUAAAUCAAAAAAGACCCAUGUAGAGGCUUAUUGGAUUGCUCCUACAGAUGCACCAGAACAUGUACAAUUUCUAGCCACAGUUGUAGAGAAAUAUAAAAUCUUUUGGGUGAAGAUUCCUGGUCCCGUCAUUUCCCAACCUAAUGCACCACCUUUGACGACACCUACAAGUAUUACACCAGAGACUCUACCAACUUCACAGCCAGUUUUCCAUCUAACAAAAUCAUUUAAUGCCUCCGGCUGUGGAAGUACAAAGUUCUGCAUAAGGAAUCCUGCAAAAUGUGAUCCUGGGGCUGCCUAUUGUUUCUUUCUGUCCUUCAAACAAAAUAACCACUCGGUACUUAUUGAAAUGAGUGGUCCUAGUGAAGGAUAUAUAGCCUUUGCAUUAUCUCAUGACCAGUGGAUGGGUGACGAUGAUGCAUAUCUGUGUAUUAAUGAAGAUCACCGUAUUAAUGUAAACACGGCCUAUCUUAGUGGGCGAAUUCCUCCUGUGUUGGACUCAGAGAAUGGCCUUGAAGAUAUCUCAUGGAGGGUGGCUGACGGACUUGUUCAGUGCUCUUUCAGAAGAAACCUUCGUCUUCCUGCUUAUAAAGGGAGGUUUAAUCUAGAUGCUAAUUAUUACAUAUUUCUGGCAGAUGGGGAGGCGAGUGAGGGAGGUCUAAUUCACAAACAUCAUCGUCAGCCUCUGAUCACCAAUGGAAUGUACAAUGUCACAGACUCUCCAAAGGAUGUAGGGGGAUCCCGCUCUCCACUUCUUCUUAAACUCCAUGCUUCAUUAAUGUUUGUUGCAUGGAUGACUACAGUUAGUAUUGGUGUUAUUGUUGCCAGAUUCUUCAAACCAGUUUGGCCUCAUUCGUUGUUUGGGAAGGAGAUUUGGUUCCAGGUACAUCGUAUGCUGAUGUUGACCACAGUGCUUCUUACGAGCAUCGCUUUUGUUCUUCCUUUUAUAUACAGAGGAGGCUGGAGUGAAUGGGCAGGUUUUCACCCAUACCUUGGCUGUACCGUGAUGGCUCUGGCAAUCUUUCAACCUCUGAUGGCAGGUUUCAGACCACCUCCUCAUGCACCAAGAAGGCAAGUAUUUAACUGGGUUCAUUGGAGUACUGGCACAACAGCUAGAAUACUAGCUGUGGUAACUAUGUUCCUGGGAAUGGACCUACCAGCACUCAACCUUCCAGACCCAUGGGACACUUACACAAUGAUUGGAUUUGUAGCUUGGCAUGUCGGUAUUGAUAUUCUCCUGGAGAUACAUAGCUACUGUCUCAUUCGCAAAGUUGAAGUGAUUGAUGAGGAUAGAAUACAAAUUCUGCAGUCGCUUACAUCGGCAGAGGCAGAGGGUCAUACAUUUAAAGAGAUUGUGUUAACCAUCUACAUCUGUGGAAAUAUAGCAUUCCUUAUUACCUUCCUGGCAGCAAUCCACCAACUAUGAAAACUAUGAAUUUCUGGCAAGGACAUUAAAUGUUGAGCAUUUGCAGUGAAAUCAAGAGUGAAGCACCACUCAAGGAAUUCUUACAGAUACCAGUGUUGCCUCAAUACCUUCCUGAAGUUAUACUUGAAGAAUAAUUGUGUGUGAUGAUAAUUCAUCUGUCUGUGCUAUCAUGAUCAUCAACAGAGAGAAUGUAUGUUUAGAUUCUAAAGACUGAUCCUGCAGUCCGGCCCAAACUACUUUUGAUAUAUUUUUUGGGAGUCUUUUCCUGAGUAAGGACUGCAGUAACUCUUUUAACCCAGUAACUUAACUUUUUUUGUUUGUUUUGUGUAGGCUGAGAGGGUAUGAUUAUAACUAGUGGUUGGUAUGGGUGGAAAUCACUGUUUUGAACUUUUGUCAUCAUUCUCUGUACCUACACGUAUAUUAUUUGGAAUACUGAAUAGACCAGUCCUAAAUCUGCUUGUCAUAUAGUUCAGUUUACCAUGUUGCUUAAUGAAUAAUGUAUUGCCUAAAUGGCUCUUAUUUAAAGUAUGUGAUGUUGGUAUUGUGCACUCCAAAAAUCUGUGCUCAGAACGAUUGUCACAAACACUAGUUGAUGCAUCAAAGACUACAUUGGCAUAUUUCUCUGCAGUUAAAUGCAAAACCUACACUUUCUGCUCUAGGAGCAGUUCCAUAUAACACACAAACUGGGCUGAGCUUCAGUCCUGUAACUUUGUCAUUACUUGCAUCAAUCAUAAUUUUUUUUUUUUAAUCUUUAGACUAUAAAGAGAAGACACACUGCAAACUCAUUAUGAGAAACUUUUAGCGAAACUAUUCCGCAAUGUGUCUAUAUAGUCAUAGUGUCUUCUGGCCACUUAAGUCAAAAUAUCUGUUCCAUCACUUUGUGUUUAAACCUGGUACUGUUAGAAAGGAGGAGUUUUCUUGACCUCUUGGUUAACCUGAUAGAAGCUGCUUUCCCACAGCUCUUUUUGAAUUAACAUGUCCAUCCAACAGGAAAAUGACCUUUUGCUUCAUGUGCACGGGAAUACUAGAGACUGUGCGUGGGGGGGUGCCUCUCCCCACUUUAAGCAGUAAGGGAUUCCCAUAAGCAACAUCGGCUAGAUAAAAGCAACCCUCUCCACUUCUUGUUUUAAAUUGUUUGGCUUUUGUUUUGUGGGUUUGUCUAGGGGUGGCAGUAGCUCUGCCGAGUAUAUAGUCAAAGCAUUCUAUAAGCAGUGUUUUACUAGUGUAUAACUGCAAUAAUACCCCCUGUGAACCCUGAACAGCUUCCUUUCAUGCUUUAUUCUAGUUCCUGAUGUUUCAAAGCCUAAAGAUCUAGGUAUAAUAACAGAAUAUUUUGCCAACCAGGGAAUACCUGACUAGCUGUGAGGGGUGAGAUUUGGGAUGAAGAAAGGUGUAUAUAAAACCAGACCUAUCCACCCACCACUCUCUUAGCAAGCAUGAUGUAGCUGUGGAAUUUGUCACAGAUGGGGAUUAAGUGGUGGCUACCGAUUGUCUCCUGUAUAACCCAUUUGUACUCCUUCCAUUUGGUACCCACUAAUGUAGUUGGUUAAAGGAGCAGCUCAGUGGAGGGCUCAGGCUGUUGGUUCAAGCUUAUUUUCUUCUUGGCUCCUCCAGAGCUAUCUUAACAUGUGUUUCAGCCCCCAGCUGUUGAUUGGUAACCUCACGGGCAGCAAUGAUAGCCUUCAAGUGGGUGUAGGAAUGAGAAAGAAGAACCACCACCAGCAGAAAGGAGGGAGCGGGGCUAACAAAAAACAAAAACCCACCAAGCAAAAAGAGGAAGUACUUACCAAAACCCUAGGUGUGGAUACAGAAGGAAAGAAAUGGCAGGAACUAUACUGGGAUAUGAGUAUGGGAAUUGAUUGCAAUGGAAUAUGGGGAUUUCAUAUGAGCAGAGCAGAUCUAAAGUCACUAGGGACUCUGUGUACAAAUGUAUUUCUUUACAGAAGAGAGAGCUGUCAAACCAGAUGUUUCACUAGGUUUUUAUUCUCGUUUAAUUAUCAGUGUUGAGUUCUUUUGCAUGGUUUUUACACUGAUAGCUGUAUGUGCUGUGUACUCUGAUACCUCAAACAUUGUCCAUUCUGUCAUGGAAAUGUGAACACCGUCUUGAUUUUAAAAAAACCAAAACAUUAAUAUAAGUACUUUGAAAUUAAAGUUUCUCUUGUCUUUUUAAUGGGAUAAAGACACUUCAAAAUAAAAGCAAGAGAAUAGCUUUAUUUAGAAAAUUCCCCUUUGAUCUGCUGCUGCUUUUCUCUCUCGGACAUCACUUUUGUACAGUUAUGAAUUUAUUUUCUAAAUUAAAAAUAUUGUGUAAGAUUCCUUCCUACAAAAGAAAAC